UUUCCCUGCGCUCUCUCCCUCCUGCAGGCAGCGCUCAUACACACACAUACAUACAUACACACACACAAACACACUUUUAGACCAGUAGGAUACUGGACACCCAUUCACAUACUCCUAUACUUACAAUCUGCAGCUGCACACACACACACACACCUAUGCAUCCUCUUUAAGUUCACAUCAGAGGCAGUUGCGGACACUCUUUCACUUUACACACACUUAUUUCUCCUUUACAAAUCACACGCAGGAAAAUGAGGACAAUUGUGCUUUGCGUCUGUGCCAGUCUCCUGCUUACAGCCACCUUGGUGCCGCGCACCAGCCGGGCAGCGGACUUCCCUGUGAACUCGCACCAGAGAUGGGACGCUAGAGGAGGAUACACAUUGGGAUCUGAAUCUGGUACCCCCGUCUCCUGUCCCAUGAAACUAAGACCCUCAGGUCAGUGCGGGAGUUCCGGAGCAGAGGAGGGUGAGGACUGUCCCUACCAGCUCACCCUGCCUCCUCUCACCAUCCAGCUGCCCAAGCAGUUCAAGCUGCUGGAGAAGACGAUGAAGGAGCUGCAGAGCUUGAAGGAGGUGGUGAACAAGCUGAAGAGCGGGUGCCAGGAGUGCCGCGGUGGACGGGGCAGUGGAGUUUUUGGACAGCAGCAAGCUGACCAGGGACACAAGCAGGUCCCGAUAGGUGGACAGGACCUGACAGCACAGGAGGUGCAAGGUGGCUCCAGCCAAGAGCAGAGGGGAGAUGGGAUGGUCCCUGGUGCUACUGUGGACAGUACAGGACUGUCGCAUGGUUCUAAUUUUGGGAAAAUCACACCAAGCCCGAACAGUAUGCAGGAUAUGCAGGUGAAGCUGAACAGGAUGUCAGCCAGUCUGCGCAACGCCAGGAGCCAGAUAACGUCUCUGCAGGGUCGUCUGGAGGGCCUCAACCUGCUCAACAUGGACAACGUGCAGGCUAUAGUGGACAGGCGGGUGGAGAACAUCACUGGAGUGGUCAACAAACUGAGCUCCUGCACGACCCACUGUGCAGCGCAGAACAGCCCUCAGUUCAUCUUAGCCCCUCGGGACUGUUCAGACUACAAUGUGCUGCAGACGAGGAAGAACGGUGUGUAUCGCGUGACCCCUGAUCCCCGGAACGGGACAUUUGAGGUCUUCUGUGACAUGGAGUCCUUUGGAGGUGGAUGGACGGUCAUACAGCAACGACUCAAUGGGUCUGUCAGCUUCAACCGCACCUGGACAGAAUAUAAGGCGGGCUUCGGAAACCCCAGAGGUGAGUUCUGGCUGGGCAAUGACCAUAUCCAUCUGCUGACAAAAGGCAAAGACAUGGUCCUGCGUAUCGAGCUGGAGGACUUUGAGGGUGUCCGAGAGUAUGCAAAGUACGACCAGUUCUACGUGGCCAAUGAGUUUCUCCGCUACCGGCUGUCUGUCAGUGGAUACAGCGGGACUGCUGGGAACGCCAUCAGUUUCAACAAGCACUUCAACCACGACCAGAAAUUCUUCUCCACGCCUGACCGCGACAACGACAUGUACCCCUCUGGAAACUGCGGCGCCUACUACAGCUCCGGCUGGUGGUUUGAUGCCUGCAUGUCAGCCAACCUCAACGGGAAGUACUACCACAAAAGGUACAAGGGAGUCCGGAACGGGAUCUUCUGGGGAACAUGGCACAACAUGUCGACAGAGUACUACCCCACCAACUACAGGCAGGCCUUCAAAACUGUCAAAAUGAUGAUACGGCCCAAGAAUUACGCUCCUUAAGAGGACAGGUAAAUAUUCAUGAUUGUAGAGAGAUGGACAGAUAAACAUAAACACAGACAGUAGACUCAGACACACAUGCACAUAGUCAUGCAUUUGCACACAUUUACACAUGCAUACGUGUACACAGAAAAAGACUAUAAGCCCUAUAGACAGUUUGAAUGCAGUAAUAAUGAAAAUAAUUGUGAGAAAACUUUAACAGUGCUAUUGCUUUUUCCACUGUAGUGAGUGCGGCCUUCAAAAUGUUGAAUUUAAAUGAUCACAAUAAAGGACAAUGGACUAUGAACAAUGACGGACUAUAAAAAAAAAUCCACACAUGCAAUGUAAAGGCCAGCCUCCUGCAGUGGCCAUAAUAUUAUACGGAGGGUUACUAUGAGAGAUUUUUCACUGUUUUUCUGUCAUUUCUCCACUUUCUGUCCUGCUGCCUCCUGCUAUAAAACCAGCUGAGACAGAGCACAGCACACAGUGGUAGUAAAAACUAAUGAGCUAUCAUUUCUCUGCUCUAAGUGGUUUCAUAAUUAACAGCAGCCACUCAAGUGAGGUAUACGAGAGCUGAUGAUACAGUUUUGAGUGGGUCUGAAAUUUAUUGUGAAAGACUUCAUUGCUGGGGUCACAGUCAAAAAAAUGUAUAGGUAGUCAUACAUGUACACAUGUUUUGGGCCGGAGUGCACAAGUAAUGGCUUCUGUGUUGUUUAUUUAAUUAAAUUAAUUAUACUCAGACACUUUGGUAAUGUAUCAUCAUCCUAUAAAAUAUAAAAUAUCCCUGCAUAAAUAUGCAACCUGAGAUAAAUUUCUAUUGGGUCGUACCCAAGUGUGUUGAGCAUUAUUGAUGCUUUCCUAAAUUCUACCUGACAGCAGCGAGGAAGCAGGACACUGCUGC